AUGCCAGAAGAUGAACCUCUGCCAAAAAAGGUUCGUCUCAGUGAUGAUGACUUUAAAACCUUGUCCCGAGAAGAACUCCUCAAAAGGUGGAAACAAGAAGAUGCCUAUGUUAAAACGCUUGAAAGAAAAUAUUCAGAUUUACUUUCCAACAGCAUGACCGACUUGAAAGAAUUGGAGGAGAAACUGACACGGAGAGAGAAGAGUUUAAUAAUGAGACUUCCCAGCAAAGAGCAGGAGUUGCAGAAAUGUUGUACGCAGAUUCGGUAUCUCAAGCGAGCUCAGCACAGAAGCUUGACCCAGCUCCCGGCAUCUGAUGUGGACCCAACUAUCAACCUCUUGUUCCGUAAAAUGAGGUGUGAAUUGGACCAGAUUAAAGCCAAACUCGAGCAGGCCCAAAAUGAACUCCGCACUGGGAAAUUUACACCUGAUAGGUAA